AUGCAAAACAGUUUCAUCAAACUGAUAAAACAGAGGGUGAAAAUGUCGACUUUUAAAUAUGAACCACCGGUCAAUCGUGAAAUGAGAACUUUAGAGAAAUCAUUCUUCAUUCAAAAGAUUCCAUUAUGUGUUGUGAGGUUUCCAGAUCCAAAGAAUAUAAGCGUGUUCUCUAAACAAUUUAAGCAGUACAUUCUUAGAGUCCCUCGUAUUCCUCAUGUUAUAAAGCUACGUCAGUUACAAGACGUUGAUCCUUCAUCCGAGUCUAAAACACUGGCAUGCGAUAAUGGCAUCGUUGAGAAAGGUGUUCUUUUAACAGAUUCUUUAAAUCAUGUUGAUGAAAUAAACGAAAGAUUGUCCCCAGAGGCCUUAAUAUUUUUGAAGGAGACAAACGCAGAUGUUUUACCUUAUGAAUAUGUCUUAGACUACGAUUUCUGGAAAGCAGAGGAAAUAUUGAGAGCAGUGCUACCUAAGGAGUAUUUAGACGAAAUUCCAACUGGUUUUACCAUUACUGGUCACAUAGCGCAUUUAAAUCUCAGAAAUGAGUUCAAACCCUACGAUUCACUGAUUGGUCAGGUAAUUUUGGAUAAAAAUAAUAAGAUCGAAACGGUGGUUGAUAAAGUGAGUUCAAUUGCUACAAAAUUUAGAACUUUUCCAAUGAAAAUAAUUGCUGGUAAAAACGAUUUGAUUGUAGAACAGAAAGAGUCUAACUGUACUUUCAAGUUUGAUUUCAGUAAAGUUUAUUGGAACUCUAGAUUACAUACAGAACAUGAUAGAUUAGUGACCAAAUAUUUCAAAACUGGUGAAGUGGUGUGUGAUGUCUUCGCAGGUGUCGGCCCAUUUGCAGUUCCUGCUGGUAAGAAAGAAGUCAUUGUCCUCGCUAACGAUUUAAAUCCAGAAAGCUUUAAGUAUUUACAAGAAAACAUCGAUAACAAUAAAGUUGGAGAGUUAGUCAAGCCUUUCAAUUUAGAUGGCGGUCAAUUUAUAAGGAAAUCCGUUGAUCUAUUAAAAGAAUUGAUUGAAUCUCACGAGAAUGGCCAAAUCAAACUGGCUAUUAAGAAGCAAAGAAAGAGACACAAGAAGAACAAUGAUUCAGAGAUUAAAACUGCAGUUGCGCCGCAACCACAGUUUAAGAUAAUACCGAUUCCAAGGGAAAUAAGUCAUUUUGUAAUGAACUUACCGGAUAGCGCGAUUGAGUUUCUAGGGAAUUUUGUUGGACUAUAUUCUCAGGAGCCACAGGAAAGAGACGACAGGAAAAUGCCAUGGAUUCAUGUACACUGUUUUGAAAAAUAUGGUAACGACGAAGAACCAAGCAAUGAGGAACUACACUCUAGAGUGCACAGGAGGAUAUUGGAGUCAAUGCAAACAACAGAAGACAUACUGCCUCUGAAAAACCUAUUAUUCCAUUUGGUGCGUAAAGUGUCUCCAACAAAGCCCAUGUACUGUAUCAGUUUCCAAUUGCCAAAGAAAUUAGCAUACUCCGAGAGAGUUUGA